AUGAAUCCCAUUCCUGCUGAUUGGGCAUUGGCCACCACUCAUCUUGCUAGCGACUAUGUCUCCCAGCAGUUUUGUUCCAUUGUCGGAGCGAUGCUGAAAGUCCUCCCUCCCCCAGAGCUCGACAUGGUUUUGCUUGUGGCCUGCUGCAAUCUUGCGCGGCGCCUCGCCGAUGCAUAUCUUAAUCCAGUGACAAUCAACUUUGAUAUGGUCCACUAUUCGGAAGCGUUGCAUAUGCAAGAAACCGGCAUGAAUCCUCGGCGUAAAGAAUCUCUCCUAGAGCGAUAUCCGCUGGGUGGUCAGCUUAUCCUUGAGUGGCCUACUGUUGUGCUGGACCGAUUUGGCGUUAUUGUUUUAUGGUAUCUUCCUGGGGCGAUUGAUGAGGCAAUAAAGGGAAAUGGCGCACGCACCAGAGCAAUUUUUAAACCAGUGAACACGGCCUUACUCCAGGUUGCAUCAAUUUAUCUCUGGGAUGGUUUCUGCAAGGUUAUCCGGCUCCAAAGUUUCAUCCUGAAGUAUCAGCGACUCUUAAACAGGAUGGGCCAACUUUAUGUCAGGCGAUCCAGCGGCUGGCGGUUUUUGUUACAAGUAACAUCGGUCACGUGGCCCCCCUAUCAUUUUCCCUUCAUCCUCGCCCUCACCAUCUACCGGCUCGUCCUCCUUUACCGACUUUCCAUUGACCAGAUCCUCGGGACCGUUCCCGUCCCUCGCAUCGCCCGCCUCUAUGCACAUGCAUGCACGUUCCUCCCUUGA